AUGCCGGCUGCCACCUUCCCACGCGAGAGAGGAAUGAUGGUCAUAUGGGGAGAGGUUCAAGACAAGUCAAUCAAUGAAGAGGACCUCAAUGAAUGGUGGACCUACGAGCACCUCCCGGAGCGUCUCGCGAUACCGGGAUUUCGACGAGCUCGUCGUUACUAUUCUGCGGAGAAUGCCCAAUCGCAGUACUUGGUCUGCUACGAAGUCUCCUCUCUGGACAUCUUCACCUCGCCCGCGUACAUGGAGGCCCUGAACAACCCAACCCCUGGCACCCAGACAUACAUGCCCUUGAUGGCGUCAAUGAAUCGUCUGCCUCCCGCGUCGCAGGACCUGAGGGACGAGCUCGGCGGAUGGAUUGCAGAAACCAUAUGGCCUAGUCUCUCAAGCUACCAGAGUCUACUGGCCAUCCACCUUCUUCGGUACGACAGUUAUGCUUCGCAGUCAGGAAGCUCGACCAAGUCAUAUGAGAAGGUUAGCUUUCAAUCUGGAGCGACGGGAGACAUUCCGGAGAGAUGGGUCAUUCUGGUCGAGUUGGCCGAAUCCAUAGCGGCCCCGUUUGCCAAACAUCGGGUCCUGACUCACAGCAUUGUCCAUCAGCUGAAGAGAUUCGCAGGCGAGAUUGAGUCCCAGGCAUUUGGACUCAUUUGUGCGUUGAGCGAAUAA